CUUCUGUCCAGGUUGUUGCUGGAAGGCACAGACGUGAACGCGAGGCACAAGCUUGGCUGGACCGCUCUCAUGGUGGCAGCUAUCAGCAGAAACUCCAGCGUGGUGAAGAUCCUGCUCGCAGCUAACGCAGAUCCAAACCUUGGAGACGAUUUCAGCAGCGUGUAUGAGACUGCCAAGGAAAAAGGCCUCCAUUCUUUGGAAGUCCUUGUGACCCGGGAGGACGACUUCAACAACCGCUUGAACAUCCGAGCCAAUUUCAAGGGGUGCACAGCUCUACACUACGCCGUACUGGCCGAUGACUACCUGACGGUCAAACUGCUGCUGGAUGGAGGUGCCAACCCCCUGCAGAAGAACGAAAUGGGACAUACACCCCUGGAUUAUGCCCGUGAAGGGGAGGUCAUGAACCUUCUGAAAGCGUCGGAGACGAAGUUCCAGGAGGAGCAGCGCAGGAGGGAGGUGGAAGAACGCCGGAGGUUUCCGCUGGAGCAACGGCUAAAAGAGCACAUCAUCGGUCAGGAGAGCGCAAUAGCGACGGUGGGAGCAGCUAUUCGGAGGAAGGAAAACGGCUGGUACGAUGAGGAGCACCCGCUGGUCUUUCUUUUCUUGGGAUCAUCCGGAAUAGGUAAAACCGAACUGGCCAAGCAGACAGCCAAGUACAUCCAUAAGGAUGUCAAAAAGGGUUUCAUCAGACUGGACAUGUCAGAGUUCCAGGAGAGGCAUGAGGUUGCCAAGUUUAUCGGCUCUCCGCCUGGCUACGUGGGCCAUGAAGAGGGUGGGCAGCUCACCAAAAAGCUGAGGCAAUGUCCGAAUGCUGUGGUGCUCUUCGACGAGGUUGACAAAGCCCACCCGGAUGUCCUCACCAUCAUGCUGCAGCUGUUCGAUGAGGGCCGACUGACGGAUGGGAAGGGGAAAACCAUUGACUGCAAGGAUGCCAUCUUUAUCAUGACCUCCAACGUGGCGAGCGAUGAGAUUGCCCAGCACGCUCUGCAGCUCCGACAAGAGGCCAUGGAGAUGAGCAAAAAAAGGAUCGCAGAAAACUUAGAGGAUGUCCAGAUGAGUGACAAGAUAACCAUCUCCAAACAGUUCAAGGAAAAGGUGAUUCGCCCCAUCUUGAAGGCUCACUUCAGACGAGACGAGUUCCUGGGGAGGAUCAAUGAGAUUGUCUAUUUUCUCCCUUUUUGCCACUCUGAGCUCAUCCAGCUUGUCAACAAGGAGCUGAAUUUUUGGGCCAAGAAGGCCAAGGCGAGGCACAACAUCACCCUGCUCUGGGACAGAGAGGUCAUGGACGUGCUGGCUGACGGCUACAACUUGCACUACGGUGCCCGUUCGAUCAAACACGAGGUAAAGCCGCGGAUGGAGCAGGG